CACAGUUUGCUCGAUGGGCGUGCUCUAUUGGAGCCACUGAGCUGCAGCCUUAUUAUUCACUAACCGCAUCAUUUCGUAUCCAACGAGAGAAAACGUCACCUGGGAUGAAAAAUCAUUAAUCUGAACGGCCAAUUAUUCAUCGUUUUUCACUCUACUCCACCUAAACCACGUCGUUUGUACACUAACCGUCUGAAGGAGGAUCAGCAAACAUGUUCUACACCUGUGGUCCAAACGAGGCUAUGGUGGUAUCAGGGUUCUGCCGUUCUCCUCCUCUCAUGAUAGCCGGAGGCAGAGUGUUCAUCAUCCCCUGCGUUCAGCAGAUACAGAGGAUUUCCCUGAACACUCUGACUCUGAAUGUGAAGAGCGAUAAAGUUUACACCCGCCAUGGAGUGCCGAUCUCUGUCACCGGGAUCGCCCAGAUGAAGAUCCAGGGUCAGAAUAAACAGAUGUUGGCUGCAGCCUGUCAGAUGUUCAUGGGAAAGUCAGAGUCUGAAAUUGCUCAGAUCGCCUUGGAGACACUUGAAGGUCAUCAGCGAGCCAUCAUCGCCCAUCUGACUGUUGAGGAGAUCUACAAGGACCGUAAGAAGUUCUCAGAGCAGGUUUUCAAGGUGGCUUCCUCUGACCUGGUCAACAUGGGCAUCAGCGUGGUCAGCUACACCCUCAAAGAUGUUCAUGAUGACCAGGAUUACCUGCAUUCUCUGGGGAAAGGCCGAACAGCGCAGGUUCAGAAAGAUGCUCGCAUUGGAGAGGCUGAAAACAAGAGAGAUGCUGUGAUUAGGGAAGCUCAUGCGAUGCAGGAGAAAAUAUCGGCUCAGUAUAAGAAUGAGAUUGACAUGGCGAAGGCUCAAAGGGACUAUGAGCUGAAGAAGGCAGCCUAUGACAUUGAAGUCAACACUAAGAGGGCUGAAUCAGAGAUGGCCUACCAGCUGCAGGUAGCGAAGACGAAGCAGUGUAUUGAGAGUGAGAAGAUGCAGGUGCAGGUGGUUGAGCGGGCGCAGCAGAUCAUGCUGCAGGAGCAGGAGAUCACCCGCAAGGAGAAAGAGCUGGAGGCCAAGGUGAAGAAACCUGCAGAGGCUGAGCGGUACCGGCUGGAGAAGCUGGCUGAGGCUGAGCGUCUUAAGUUGAUCAUGGAGGCAGAGGCUGAAGCUGAGUCCAUAAGGGUUAAAGGUGAGGCUGAAGCAUUUGCAGUGGAGGCCAAGGGGCGUGCUGAGGCUGAGCAGAUGGCGAAGAAGGCAGAGGCCUUCAAGGAGUACAAGGAGGGCGCCAUGGUGGACAUGCUGCUGGAAAAACUGCCUCUGAUGGCAGAAGAGAUCAGCAGGCCUCUGUGUGAAGCCAAAAAAGUUACCAUGGUAUCCAGCGGAGGUGGAGAUGUGGGCGUGGCCAAACUGUCAGGAGAGGUGCUGGACAUCAUGACCCAGCUGCCUGAGGCGUUGGAGAAACUGACUGGUGUCAACAUCUCCCAGGUGGCCUCUCAUACAGGCUGAAGAGAAUCAGCCGAAGCGGUGACCAGUGUCCAAUCAGCUGUCUGGAUUCCCUGCAUGAUUCUCUCAUCACGGCUUCGUUCUGCUGUGUGGCUGGUUCAGCUGGUUUGUGAUGUUUCUCUGUUGUGAAAAUAGUCUGAUUACAGUUACAAAUGUUAUUUCAUGUUAUUUGUUUUUGCAUUAACUUUGUGCUUAGCGGUACUGUGUUCGUUUAGCCUCCAUUCAUCCUUGUAUUACCUUCUGCUUAUCCAGUUCAGGGUCACGGGUAACAAGAAGCAGAGGACAUUAUAAUCAUAUUUCAUGUAUUCUAUGAUGGUUUGAUGAGCUUUCUUACUUUUUGAGUUUUACAUGACUCUGAUCUUUGUCUUUGUCCCUUUCUAUGUUUAUACGUCACACUUUUGUCUGUGUGCCUGUUUACCAUUAAUAAUUCCUACAUAACUCUGUGUGUGUGUGUGUGUGUGUGUGUGUGUGUGUGUGUGUGUGUGUGUGUGUGUGUGUGUGUGUGUGUGUAUUUGUGUCCCCACUGCCUUGCUGCCAAACCUUAAGUGCUUCUUAGCAUGAGCAUGUAAUAAAACAUGCAACCAAAACCUUCAUUUACUAAUCCUACUAAUAUUGCAUAUUAUUGUAUAAUCACUAACAUGCAUUUUAACCCAUCAGUCUUUUCUCUACAUGUAUUUCUGAAAGAAAUUUGGUGUAUAAAAGGUUUAUGGUGAAUAUUUCUGAUAUCAUCUGUAAACUUCAGCGUUAAUAUGUAUAGGAUUUUUAAAAUGUGUCUUCUUUUUUUUUUUUCACUGUUUUAUAUUUUAUGAUCCUUGGUACUUUAACAGUACGAUCUAGUGGGGCCCCUUUAUUUCAGGCAUAUCAGUAAGUUAAUUGUUCUUUAUUUGUAAACUGAUGCUCCGGUGAAUCGUCUUUUUUUUCCUGUUGAUCCUCGGCUUGGAGCUAUUAGGUUAAGAUGAGCUACAAGAAAAAAAAUGGGAUUCUGUUUUUCCCAACCAGAAGCUUAAACUGCCUUAAGUCUUUACCACCCUGCAGUCCAGUAAUACAUGAUGUGUACUACAUAUCUUAAGUCAAGUGGUUCCUAGUAAUAACAUGGCCAGUUAUGUAGCAGCUCUCAUAAAGGUGUAGCUAGUCAGACUAAAUUAAAAUGUGUGAAAUAAAGCUCUGCUUUUCAUAGUAGCGAUCAGAAUAUCCCUGUGUAUUUAUGACAUAAAGUAUUUGUUAGUAUAUUACGCUUUGGCGUAAUGUGAAGCUAAAUAUUCCGAUUGUUAAGUGAAGGCAGCGCGCGCUUCAGGGAAAGGGGUGUUUGCUGUUCUGUUCUUUAUUUUUUCUUUACGUUCGCUUGCUGUAGUUUGUGCUUUAUAUUCCACUGAAGGUGUAAUACUAGCUCUAAAGUAUUACAGUAGUACCUGUAAAGUAUCCUGAUUUGCCUUAUGUCAUAACCCAAUCACACUGUAUCCCUCUACCUCACCAUUAGCCUCUGGGGCUAGGUAGGAAAAUAUCUUUAUGGACACGUUUUAAUACAUCAGAAGGGAUUUAAACACUGAAGAUGGAUAUAUGGUUUUAUUUUAACUGAGAAGUUUUGUCUCCAGCUCUAAACACUGUUUGUGACUUCUCUGCAGUCCUGAUUACAGCACAACCACGCGUGCUGUAAGUGUUCCUGAGGGUACGUUUUAUUUCUUUCAUAUAUGAGUACUACUGUGAUUAUGCAUGCAUCAACACCUGUCGCUCUUAUACUGUAAAGUAAUAUUGCAAAUGCGUAUGUUUGAAGUCAGGACACAGUAGGCGUGUCAGCUUUACUGUUGAGUUACCAAAGUAGGAGAUUACCCAGCUAUAGAAAUGGAAGUGUGCUUUCGUUACUGGAUCAGCACUAAAUAUGGAUAUAUAUAAGUAUGUGUAUGUAUUUAUACAGUUUAUAUUUGAUACAGUAUCAGUGUAGAGCAGUUUGCAUCACCACUAACAGCUUGAGUAAUUCAUUAUAAAUGUAUUUUUGGCAGUUUAUUAGUUUUCUGUGAUGUUUCAGACCCUGUUGUGUUGCAUUCAUGAUGUUUGACCAAAGUGGAUGUUUGCUUUUUAUUUUUCUUCCGUGUAUUUCAGGAAAAUGUCGUUCUGCUCUUCUAUACACAAAAUACCUGUCAUUUAAAUGCAAAAAGGAACAGACUUAAAUCUUUACUGUUUGUGAAAAAAGAUAUAUUAUAGCUAUUAAAUGUUCCACUGCUGUAUUUCUUUACUUACCUGUUCACACAUCUGAUUUUAGCUUCUUUUUUCAGAUUUUAUUAAAUUUUUUCCAUCUGUGAGGUCUUGAAUUGUCACUGCGUAAUAAACAAUUUUCACAUGCAUAAGGGGAUCCCAAUAAACAUUUUCAUCAUCA